AUGGCGCUGCGCGGAGUGAGGGUGCUGGAAAUGGCGGGCCUGGCGCCGGCGCCUCUCUGCGGCCUCAUCCUGGCCGACUUCGGGGCGGAGGUGGUGCGGCUGGACCGCUCUCCCCGCGCGGCCGUGUCGUCGGACGUGCAAGGCCGCGGCAAGCGCUCCCUGGCGCUCGACCUGAAGCAGCCCCGGGGCGCCGAGACGCUGAGGCGGCUCUGCCAGAAGGCGGACGUGCUCAUCGAGCCCUUCAGACCAGGUGCCGAACCGAUUGUGGGUCGCGAAGGGCCAGCGGGGAAAUGCGGGGGGGGGGGUUGGUGUCUCCCCUCACAGUAGGGCGAAGGCUGUGGGGUGGGAGGCAGUUGCCGCUUCGUAGUAGGACGUGAAGUGUUGGUAGCGAGGUAGGGAUGAGGCAGCCUCAAGAGGGUGCACCCCAAAAACUGGGUGGGCGCGGGUUGGACUCCAUCUCCCAGCCGCCCCAGCUAAGCGUGGCCGACGCUCAAGGAUUGUGGGAGUUGUAGUCCAGCGACCUUCUGGCGGGACCGAAGUUACUCUUUGCUUGUCGUAGGGGGGGAAAGGGCAAGCGGAGGUAUUUUUGCCCUGACAGCUAUUCGCAAAUAGUUGUUGCCUUUUGCCUCUUGCCCCCCACCCCUCACACGUAUCCCCGCCUUCAGUUUGUGUGGCGACGCUUCUCUGCCUUCCCGAGGAAAAAUUUCAUACGCCCCCCCCAAAUGCAGAUGUUUAUCGAUAUGGCUCGUAGAUAAAAAACAACAACAAGCAGACAGAAUAAAUAGCUGUGUAAAGUGCGAGGUGGGCAUUUUUGUACCUGCUUGCAGUUUAAUAAGUGGAAGGUUUUUUUUAAAAAAAAUUAAACCCACGAAAAAAGAAAGUGCAAUUUUUUAAAAAGUAGCAGCUCAAGUUAAUUUUACUAACUGCGCCCACAGUUUGGAUUUGAGAUUCAGCUGCAGGAUGUGUGUGGUUUUGCUCACAGGAGCAGUGUAAUACUUAGCACAGACACAUUUGAACAAUCACAAGUGUGAGGGGAAGAUGAGCUGCUUGUGCGUAAAAUCGUAUUCCCUCAGAGUUUGUUCAAGUCCACAAACCUCUGUCUGUGACUGAGCCCCUCUGACAUGGCUCCUCUAGUCACUAGAAGAUUCCGACAGUGGUUGCUUUCGUAAUCGCUUCCAACAUAAAAGCUCCUUAACGGAAACACGUCUUCUGGACUCUCUGCGUGACAGUUUCCGGCGAGGAGUGGGUGUCCCUACAGGAGGUCCGGAAACCUCACCACUGUUUUCGCUGGAAGUAUCUCUGAGCCAUCCCCCAGCUCCCUUUACCUAAGUUCAACAUGUCUCCCCCAGCAGGUUUCCAAUUCCGCUGCUGAGUCGCUUCCAACCUGUCUGAGCCCUUUCAACACCCACAGUACAGCUGCUCUCCCAAUGCUGGUUCCCUCUUCAGCUGCUGAGUCUCUUCCAACCUGUCUGAGUCCUUUCACCUCCCUUCCUUCCGAUGGCAGUUCCCUGACAUCCACCUCCCCUCCAGGGCCCCCUUCACCCCCUCUCGCCCCCUCCUCUACGGGCGGUGAGGAGGCAAAACCCGGAAUGAACUUCCUUCAUCUUCCGAUGUCUCGAACACUUCUCUCCACCUGUUGCGGUUCCUGGUCUCGAAGCACUCCUCCUCCUCCGAGUCCGUCUCCCCUUCCCCUUCCGAUUCUGGGAAUCCUUCCAACUCCUCCUCCUCCUCAGUGGUCCCAAAGUAUUCCCUCCGGAACCUCUCCACAGGCUGAGGUUUCCUCGGGAACCUUUGAUGGAACGUUUCUAUCAAUACCUCGUCAUUGAUAUCUUCGGCCAUUACCCACGUGUUUUCUGACUCGGUUCUCCUUCCCACGCUACCAAAUACUCCACCUGAUUCCCCUUCCACCUGGCAUCAAGGAUUUCUGCCACAUGACUGCUGCAUUCUCUUUCUUCUAUGACCGGUCCCGAGUGGCCAUCCCUUCUCGUCCCCCCUCGUACGGUGACAGUAACGACCUGUGAAAUACUGGGUGCAGUUUCAUGUGGUUGGGUAACCGGAGCCUGAAAGCCACUGGGUUGACCUGUUGAAUGACCUCAAAGGGACCUAACCUCCUGGGUCUUAAUUUCUUACAACCUCCUUUGAACGGCACCCUCGGGUUGACAGCCACACCCUAUCUCCAACCCUUAUGGUUUCACCUUCCCUUCGGUUCUUGUCUGCCUGCCUCUUGUAUUCUUCCUUCGCCCUUUCUAAGUUGAGUUGGAGCUGACGGUGGAUUGCUUCCAUUUCUUCUACAAAAUGCUCGGCUGCCGGUACGCUCCAUCUCUCCCCUUCUCCCCUGGGAAAGCCCUGGGAUGACACCCAUAAUUAGCCAAGAAGGGGCUCAUCCCUGUGGACACAUUCUCGGCAUUGUUGUAGGCAAAUUCCGCCAGCGCCAACUUUUCUACCCAGUCAUUCUCUCUGUCAUUGACAUAACACCUCAGGUAUUGCUGGAGGACACCGUUUGCUCUUUCCGCCUGCCCGUUGGUUUCAGGGUGCCGGGCAGUCGAAAAGUUGACCUCCACCUGCAGUAAGCUCAUGAGCUUCCUCCAGAACCUGGAAGUAAAUUGUUUUCCUCGGUCUGAGACCACCCUCAAUGGCACCCCGUGCAACCUAAAAAUGUGUUCUACAAAUAACUUCGCUGUCUCUUCCGCCGUGACUGCAUGCGAGCAAGCUACAAAGUGGCACAUCUUUGUUAGUAGGUCUACCACCACCAUGAUGGCUGUUUUCCCUUUGGACUUCGGCAGAUCAGUCAUAAAAUCUAUCGACACUGCCUCCCAAGGUCGUUCUGGUGUUGGUAAGGGUUCUAAUAGCCCCGCCGGCGCCCGCCUUUCCCCUUUGGCUCGCUGGCACUGCUCGCACCCUCUUACAUACUCACGUACAUCCUCCCUCACCUUAGGCCACCAAAAUUCCCUGGUGACCAACCACAUGGUUUUGUGUUGCCCAAAAUGCCCGCCGUGGGGCUGUCAUGCAACUGCUUGAGUACCCUCCCCUUAAGUCUCCUUCAGGGAUAUACAGUGCCCCUUUGUAAUACAAAGCUCCAUUUCUUUCCUCGAAACCCCUUGAUUCCUCUCCCUCAUCCCUAAGACCUCUGAGCUUAUUCUGGGCGUAUUCAUCAUUCUCUGUUUCUUCUACCAGUUCUCUUUGUCCCACCAAUGCCGCCCCACACACCCAGCGGUCCUCUGGAAUGACAUGUCUCUCUUCGGUGCUCCUCCCCUCCAAAUAUUCAGGUUUGCGUGAGAGAGCGUCCGCCCUAAUGUUCUCUGGGCCUGGCACGUAACAAAUCUCAAAGUUAAAUUUGGAGAAUUCCUGGGCCCACCUCACUUGCCGUUGGUUGAGCACUCGUGCCGUCCUCCAAUACUCUAGGUUCUUGUGGUCAGUGCACACUUGCACCUUAUGUUGCGCGCCAAUUAGCAGGUGCCUCCAUCUCCGGAACGCCUCAUGAAUGGCUAGUAGUUCUCGGUCAUACACCGUGUAGUUCCUCUCGGAUUUGUUCAGCUUUCGCUAAAAAAGCACACGGUCUCCACUCUGACUCCUCCUUCCCUGGCUGGAGAAGCACCGCCCCAACCGCUCUGUCUGAUGCGUCAGUUUCCACUCUCAUCGGUUUUUGUAAAUCCACAUGCAGGAGCUGUUGUUCCGAGGCGAAGGCCCUUUUAGUUCCUCAAAUGCUUGCUCCGCCUCCUCCGUCCAAACGAACUUCUUCUUACUGCUGAGACAGUCCGUAAUGGGCGCCGUCAGGUGGGCAAAGUUUGGGAUGAACUUACGAUAGAAGUUCCCAAAUCCUAAAACCUCUGCACAUCCUUCCUUGUUUUGGGUGUUUUCCAUUCCAGUACCGCCUGGACCUUGCCGGGAUCCAUGGCCAACCCCUUGUCAGACAGGCGAUACCCCAGGAAUUCCACCUCCUUGGUAUGAAACUGACACUUCUCCAGUUUCACCCACAGCUGGUUGGCUUGCAGCCUGCUCAACACUUCUCUGACGUCUCUCACAUGCUGCUCCUCAUUCUCAGAAUACACCAACACGUCGUCUAAGAAGGCCACACAAUUCUUGUAAAGCAACGGCCCCAGGACGUGGUUCAUAAACGAUUGAAAUGUUGCGGAGCCUGCUUGUAGACCGAAGGGCAUAACUAAGUAUUCAAAUGCCCCUAAAGGGGUGAACAUGGUGGUUUUCCAUUCAUCCCCCUUCCUUAUUCGUAUCAGGUUGUACGCCCCCCUUAGAUCCAGCUUGGUGAAAAUCUUUCCCUUCCGCACCCUUGUCAAAAUGUCGUCAAUCCUGGGCAUCGGGAAGGCCACUGGUUCUGACACUGCAUUUAAGGCCCUGAAGUCACACACCAGUCUCGGCUUGUUCGUGUUUUUGUCCACAAAAACACUGGGCUGCCCCACCGCCCUGGACUCUCUGAUGAACCCUCUCUUCAGGUUCUUGUCAAUGAACUCUCUUAGCUCCUGCAUCUCUCUGUCUGACAUGGCGUACAGCUUGCCCACAGGGAGCUGUGCCCCAGGGAGCAAAUUGAUUUGACAGUCAAAGGCUCUAUGCGGUGGUAGUUGGUCAGCUUCCCUUUCGCUGAAGACGUCGCGGAGAUCUGCGUAUUGUCGUGGUACCUUCACGUUCUCCGUUACUUCAGUCCCUGCUAGGGUGGCUUGGGCCCCUGCCAAAACCUUUCCCUCUUUGCAGUGUUCUAAGCAAUGUGCUGACCCAAAAGAAACCACUCUUUGAUGCCAGCCCACCAGCGGAUCAUGUAACGCUAGCCAGCUCAUCCCCAAUAUAAUGGGAGCUCCUCCCAAGGUGGCCACAUUAAAUGCUAUUAGUUCGGUGUGCCUUGCCACCUUCAUUAUCAUUGGGACGGUCUGCAAGCUGACUUCUCCUCCCAACAGCUCCCUGCCAUCGAUCGUGGUUACCUGCAGGGGGUUGCUUAAAGGGAGCGUCUGUAUCUGGUGUUCAGCUGCAAACUCUUUGCUCAUGAAAUUGCAGGAGCUGCCUGAGUCCAACAGCGCCUUUAUCUUUAGAGGGUGUCCGUUUGGCAGCUCUAGUGUCACUUCUAUCACUAGGGCGGGUUUAGGAGGUUCUGGCGUGGGCACUUUCACUGCUCUUUGGCCUGGCUGCUGUGCCCCGACAAUGGCAGCCAGGCGUUGGCUUUUAGUUGCUCCGGUAUUUUGUCCUCUCUUCCCUCCACAGCUCCCACCAUCCCUGCCCAGUCCUUCCUCAGAGGGCAGACUCUGGCAAAGUGCCCUGGCUGUUGGCAGAGAUAGCAUUUCCGGGCGCCUUUUCCCUCCUUUUUUCCCCCCUCACUGGGCUUUGAAACUGCGCGCGCGCGCGCUGUUCCGAUUUCCAUCGGCUCUGCCGGCGGGAAAGUUGGCUCUGGAAUGUCUGGAAUGCGGAACUCCUUCCAACGUUCCCCUUUCCCUUCCCGCCUCUCCAAUGCUCUCGCCUCCUGGCGCGCUCCUAUGGCCAGCGCUGAUUUGGUCAGCUGGUCCAUAGACUCCGCCCUGGGCGCCCGGGAAAGUUCAUCUUUCACAGCCGGAAAGCCCUUCUUCAAAGAGCAUUUGAAUGGGUUCCGCCGAUAAGUCCCACCCCAAUCUGUGUAUCAGCAUGGUGAACUCAGUCCAGUACUCACGUACAGAUCGGCUUCCCUGUUUGCAAGCCAUUAACUGUCUGCGCACCACUCCCUUUUCAAUAUCGCUGGAAAACAUCAGAUCCAUGGCGCGAAAGAACUUCAUCGUGUCCUUUAGGACGUCACUAUGCGCUGCCAUCAGGGGUCUAACCCAGUCUCUCGCCCCUUUUCAAGAUGCCCAAUCACAAAAGCCACUCGUGAUUCCUCAUCAGGGAAAUCAUCAAACUGCAGAUUGAGGGCAUAUUGCAUUUCUGUCCGAAAGCUAUGAUAGUCUUUGGGCUCCCCCCCAAAUUUCUGCACCAAUCCUGGUACCUUUCUGGCGAGCUGGGUGGCUUUCUCCCUUUGUCUGCAUCUUGAGCUCUCCUCUCCUCAAGCCUCGCCGUCUGCAGCGCCAGCUGGACCUCCAACACCCGGUACCUUUCUUCCAGGCUUGGACCCGCUCCAGCCCCUGCUUCUCCGGUUCCUGCUGGGUUGCUCAUUAUGCCUUCUCCUGCACAAGCUGCGUUCAAUGACUGUCGGAAUGCUGUGAGGGGAAGAUGAGCUGCUUGUGCGUAAAAUCGUAUUCCCUCAGAGUUUGUUCAAGUCCACAAACCUCUGUCUGUGACUGAGCCCCUCUGACAUGGCUCCUCUAGUCACUAGAAGAUUCCGACAGUGGUUGCUUUCGUAAUCGCUUCCAACAUAAAAGCUCCUUAACGGAAACACGUCUUCUGGACUCUCUGCGUGACAGUUUCCGGCGAGGAGUGGGUGUCCCUACAGGAGGUCCGGAAACCUCACCACUGUUUUCGCUGGAAGUAUCUCUGAGCCAUCCCCCAGCUCCCUUUCCCUCAGUUCAGCUUCUCUCCCCUGCUGGUUUCCUCUUCAGCUGCUGAGUCUCUUCCAACCUGUCUGAGCCCUUUCACCUCCCUCAGUUCAGCUUCUCUCCCCUUGCUGGUUCCCUCUUCAGCUGCUGAGUCUCUUCCAACCUGUCUGAGUCCUUUCACCUCCCUUCCUUCCGAUGGCAGUUCCCUGACAACAAGCAACUACUUUCACAAAUGCAAAAUGUCAUGGUGCAUUUUCCUUCCUCCCACCCCCCAUUCACAGAGGUGAAUCUUCUGUGUUUGUGUUUCAGGUGUUAAUUAAAUACUGCAUUUUUAUCUGCACUGACACUUGGGUUGCACACAAGAGUAGAGCAGAACUGGCCCACCCAUAAAGCAGGGUGAGGUGACUACCUCAGGGGGCAGGAUCCAAGGGGCAGUGGAUCCCAAUGUAGAAAUUUAUUCCCCACUUGUUCUUCUACCCUGGUGGGGAGGAGGCACCAUUCCCAAAAAUUCCCAUUUUACUAAAAAUUUGAAAACAAAAACUAGCCAUACAGAAUAUUCCAUUAAAGAGAGAUAAGAAAAUGGAACAGGCUACUCAAAAAUUAUCAUGUAACAAUUCUGCCUUCAUAUUCAAUAUGUGUAUAACUUCACACUCUGUAUAAUACUAUUUAUACAUUCACAUGUGUUGAUCUGCUUAUUUUUUAAGUAGAGUUGACUUAUUUUAUCUUCUUGUUCAGGUGUCAUGGAAAAACUUGGUCUUGGCCCAGAUAUCGUCCUCCAGGACAAUCCCAAACUCAUCUAUGCUAGGCUGACGGGAUUUGGACAGUUGGGAAAAUAUGCCAAGUUGGCAGGUCAUGAUAUCAACUACCUGGCUGUGUCAGGUACAUUGUGUGCCUUAAUCUCUUUUUUAAAAAACAGCAACCUUAUAUUAAAUAAUAAUUAACUUGAAAGAGAUUUGUGGUUAAUAUAAUUAGCAUUAAUUAGGAGGCUGUAGGGUACAAAUUUUGUUGCUCGGUCCCUGCUCCUGCCAACCGAAAGCACGUCAAAGUGCAAGUAAAUAAAUAGGUACCGCUCCAGCGGGAAGGUAAACGGCAUUUCCGUGCGCUGCUCUGGUUCGCCAGAAGCGGCUUAGUCAUGCUGGCCACAUGACCCGGAAGCUGUACACCGGCUCCCUCGGCCAAUAAAGAGAGAUGAGCACCGCAACCCCAGAGUUGGUCACGACUGGACCUAAUGGUCAGGGGUCCCUUUACCUUUACCUAGGGUACAAAUGGGUGGUUGGGGUACAAAUAAAAUUAUUAUUAUGCAGACGUGCUUGGUUGUAAUUCAUUAAUGUUCAUUUUUUUGCAUUUGGUCAAUCAUUUAUUUUUAUUUGGAUAGUAAACCAAGGCUACAGUUCAACAUCAGCUUUUAGGGUGUUUUACUUUUGUUUUGCUGGGAAGAGCAUACCUAUAGACUAUGCUGCAGAGUCCAACUGUUUUGAGAUUCACAGUAAUUUCUGUGCAUGUUUACUUGUGAUACUUUUAUAAUGUGAUACUUAGAUAUUUCUUUGAAAUAAUAAGUGGUAUAUAAAUUACCUAAAUUAAUAAAUGAAUGAAAUGGUUCUUAACUCUUCCUGACCUGAAGAUGGUUUGGGCUCCAACCCACACUUACCUGGGAAUAUAUGCUAUUGAACACAGGGGGAUUUAUUCCCAAGUAAACUUUCAUUGGAUUGCACUGCUGAACAGCAAUGGUAUAUUUCAGUAGAUUAUAUGAAAUAUAGUAAUAAUGCUGUCAUGGAAAUCAUAUUAUUUACUGAAAAAAUACUUGAAACUUAUUGAUUAGAAAGCAAACCAUAGUUAUUUAUCAAUCAGAGAAAACGUUUCUAUAUUAGGAAUUCCUCAGUGGGUCUUUCAAUGCAAGGGACUUAGUUAUAAUUCCCACGUCUUUUCAGUGAAAGGCUUAUACAGGUGUUUGUUGCUAAAAACCAUCUUGAAGACCUGGCAAGCAUUUUCCCCAUAUGUCUCUUUGCAAAGCCUCCACCCCAGUACAAUGCAUUCAACAGCUUAAGAACAUAAUUGGAGAUUGUUAGAAAAUUGAUGACUAUACAUAUCUGUGUUUAGAAGACAUUCAUAUGGCUUUCAUAACUGGGGAAAUUGAUUUCAUUAUUACUUUGUGUAUAUCUAUUAUUGUAUAUAGGUGUUUUGUCAAAACUUGGCAGAAAAGAUGAAAAUCCUUAUGCUCCUAUCAAUCUUCUGGCUGAUUUUGCUGGUGGCGGUGUGAUGUGUGCAAUGGGCAUCAUUAUGGCACUCUAUGAACGUACAAAAUCCGGCAAAGGGCAAGUCAUUGAUGCAAGUAUGGUAAGUUAAAGAAAACAAAACAAGUUACAGACUGUUAAAGAUAGGGCAUGUGGAACUGUAUGUACUUUAAGACCAACACAUCAGUCCACAAAACCCUUUUUUGAUCCAGUUCUUAUUACUCUGUUGUGUGUAUGACUUGCACCCCCUUUGAACACAGCCAUCAGAUUCUCUGGGUGAGAUAAGCAGACCCAGAUCAGCUGGAUAUGGGGGUUUCUUUGUUAAAUCCAGCUAAUUACGUGGUUAUCUCUUCUCUUGAUUUAUCGUUGCAUCAAAUUAUUUUAGCAUCAGAUUAAUUCAUAUUUAUUCAACAGCUGGGUCUCUGCUCGUGCUUUCAUUACAGGUACUUCUGUAGGUAACAUAACUACAAUAGUGUGCUGUGGAUAGAAGCUAGCAGUUCUAAUUCCAUCUGAAAUGCUCUUUCUGGCACUUGCUCAACAUUAAUCUUUGUUUGCUAAUUUCUCAAUAGGGCAAAAGGUAUGGAAGCUUCCACAACUGUAGAAAUAGUGAAUAAUCCCGGGUGCUGAUGUUCGUAUCUGCUUUAACACAUUAUCAUAUUGCCUAUAUUUUGGCCCCUACAAACAUUUCUGUUUCUAAGCAUUCUGCCCUGUCAUUAGAUAUGUGAUCCUGAGGAGUUUGGAAUUUAUGUUAUUUGUAUUGUUGAUCUUUCUUUUCUUUUGGUUUAUUGCUGUAUGCAGCUUUAGACAAGAAUUACCCAGAACAGCAGCCUUGAAAUGUUUUACAUUAAAUAAUAAAUAAACACAUCAUAUUAUAUAGCUAUGGCUGGAUAUAUGGGGUUCAGCCCUAUAAUUCAUGCAGAUGUUUUCAAGGUAGAGGAGGAAAUGAAGUAAUGAGAGGAAUGGCAGGCAUGUUCAUCCAUGAACAGAGUUGGUCAAUAAUUAUCCAAAACAGAUUUUUAAAAUUGGAACUACAGUGGACCCUCCGGAUACGAACUUUAUUCGUUCCGGGGGUCUGUCCGCACCCCAGAAAUUACGUAAAUAGAGGUGUGCUUCUGUCCACACGCGUGGCGUGAUUGAGUGCUUCUGCCCUUGCGCACACGACGAAACACGGAAGUAUACACUUCUGGGUUUGCCGUGGCCGUAAGCUGAAGAUUCCGUAUCCAGAGGGAUAUGUAAGUAGAAGUAUGACUGUUGUUGUCAUUUAGUCGUUUAGUUGUGUCCGACUCUUCGUGACCCCAUGGACUAGAGAACGCCAGGCACUUCUGUCUUCCACUGCCUCCCGCAGUUUGGUCAGACUCAUGCUGGUAGCUUCGACAACACUGUCCAACCAUCUCGUCCUCUGUCAUCCCCUUCUCCUUGUGCCCUCCAUCUUUCCCAACAUUAGGGUCUUUUCCAGGGAGUCUUCUCAUGAGGUGGCCAAAGUAUUGGAGCCUCAGCUUCACGAUCUUUCCAUCCAGUGAGCACUCAGGGCUGAUUUCCUUAAGAAUGGAUAGGUUUGAUCUUCUUGCAGUCAAUGGGACUCUCAAGAGUCUCCUCCAGCACCAAGUAUGACUGUACAAUAAUUUAGUUUCAAAUAUUUAACAUAUUAAAAAGAAACAAGUACAUUGCAAUGUACCUGUGUGGGUGGGGAGGGGGGAAUUGAAACUAUGAAGUUAUUAAUGAAUUUCAGAAUCAGAAAUGUGUUUGUGAGCAACUCUGGACUGGUUGGAAUGUGGGAUCUGCAUAAGAUGAUCAUCAGGCAUCCUUGACAAGAUUAUAUAGCCUCUAGCAGUUCGCCUCCCACAUGCUUAUGACAUUCUUAUCACCUAAGGAAGGCUGUUGAACAUACAAUGAGCAGGAGGGGGAGAGGGGAAAGGAAGAGCAGAAAAUCCUGUUUUGCAACUUUGCUAUUUCAAAAAAAUUCUACUCUCACCAUCUUGUAUUUCUGUGCUACAUCACUAUGGGGUUUUUUUGGUAGAAAUAGAGGUGUAUUUUUAGCUAUCAGGGUUCCACUUGCUUCAUCCACAUGGUGAGAGUAAGUCACAGAAUCAUAGAAUUGGAAGGGGUUCUUAGGGUCAUCUAAUCCAACCCCCUGCAAUGAAAGAAUAUCAACUAAAGCAUCCGUGAUAGAUCCAUCCCAAACGUCAAGUGAAAGAGUCCACCGCCUUCUGAGGAAGUUUGUUCUACUGUUGAACAGCUCUUACGGCCAGAAAGUUCUUCCUGAUGUUUAGUCAGAAUCUCCUUUCUUGUAACUUGAAUCCAUUGGUUUGGGUCCUACACUCCAGACUGCAGAGCUUUCCAAACUGUGUUCUGGGACACGUUAGUGUGUUGGCUGCAGUGUGUAGGUGUGUCAUGCAAACACUCCCUGUGCUCCUCCCGAGGCUGGAAAGGGGUUAGUUUAUCCUCUGGUUUGCUAGUAAAACUGAAUUACUGUGUCACAAAAUGCUGUAUGUCUAAAAAGCGUGUUACCAACAUGAAAAGUUUGGAAAGCUCUGUUCCAGAGCAAUAGAAAACAAGCUUGCUUCCUCUUCCAUGUGACAGUCCUUUAGAUUUUUGAAGUUGCCUGUCAUAUCUCCUCUCAGUCUCCUCUUUAAACAUACCCAACUCCCUCAACCAUUCUCCAUAAGUUGGAACACAUUGCAAUCUUUUAAUAGAUGUCCUGUUUGACUGACAACUGAGUCUGAAUCUUAUUGGCUGUCCAGCCUGAACCCACACUAGGGAAGUUUGGGUAGUGAUGAUAAAGCUUCUGGUUCCAGUUGAUGCUGUAGAUUGUAGAACAUCCAAGGCAUUCUAAGAACUGGGAGAAUGAAACAGGUAGCACAGAAUAUUCACAGGCAUUCUGCUCUGAAGGAAAUAAGACAUCACUUUGUGUCUGUAACAUAAACUUGGGCUGAUUUUAUUUUCUUUAUUUCUAAAUAUCAAAACUGGACCAAAUCAGCUGAAAGAUAAAAACAAUAAAUGUGCUGCUAGCAUUGCAAAACGAUAUAAUGUUAAAACGAGCAAAUUGUUAAACAAUAAAAAAAACCAAUCAAGGGUAAUCUGGAAAACCCCCCUCAAAUAAUGCCUUAAAUCAGGGCUAUCUUUUGGGUUAGUGGACCAAAUCAUUAAACCAAAUCUGAUAGAUGAAUGGGGCUACCCUCUUGUCGAAGUUCCUUGUGUAGUGUUUCCCAAGCACUGGACAGCUGGUUAUUGGGCACCUGGGAACUGUAGUGCAAAGGGCUGUCUCAGCACUGUGCUCAGCAAAGCUCAAGAACAAGACCCUGCUUUCGAAAAUGUUUAUUUUAAAAUGUAAAAUUGGAAAGUUAAUAAAAAUGGGGCAUGGGGGGGGGAGACUCUGCUUUCUGCAGUUAUAAACUACAGGGUUGGGAAAUCUGUGGCUCUGCCUGUGUUGCUGGACUCAAAUUCCCACCACCCCUAGUCAGCAUGGCCAACAGUCAGGAAUUUAUUUCUGGGUGUUGUAGGCCAACCACAUUCAGAGGACCACAGUUUCCUCACCCCAUCCCUUCAUUGAAGCAUUUGCCAAGGCCAAGGAUUUAGUGACAUCCAAAGUAGGAAACAUAUUUUUGGACUCUCUAGCGAAACUAGAAUUAAUAUUACCAAACAGUGGGCAGCAAUGUAAAAACUAAUAAGAGGUGUUUUGGUUUUUCGUCAGCUUAGGGUGUUAUUACCUCAGUCAGAAUACCUAGCAGAAAAAUAUUUUCACUCUUACUAAUAUUUUUUUCCACAAAACAUUAAAAUAUUUUUUAAAAAAAUGUUUGUCUUUAAGGUAGAAGGCACAGCGUACCUGAGCUCCUUUCUGUGGAAAUCACAGACCAUUGGCCUUUGGAACAGAUCUCGUGGGGAGAACCUCCUGGACAGUGGUGCCCCUUUUUAUGAAACCUAUAAGACUAAAGAUGGGAAAUUCAUGGCUGUUGGUGCUCUUGAACCACAGUUCUAUAAGCAGUUCAUCAGUGGUAAGUUAAUCUACAAGAGGUGUGUUUUUAAAGGAGGAAGGGAGGAAGUUUUGGGGUACCAUCUGUUUUGAGCAAAUAUGCAAAAAUUAGUAGUACUGUAGCACUUAAAGAUGCAAAGUAAUUUGAAGAUUUAUCUCCAUGGUCUGUACAACAAAUAUUUCCAUUUUACAGAUGGAAGAACCAAGCGUUAUAGCCAAUGAAGUAGCUCUGUUAGCACAAGGAUUUCUGUUUGUGCAUCAUAUCUUUGCCUCCAUCUCCUCUCCCUGUGUGCCUCCACACCCUCCCCAAAUCUGCUCCGGAGUGUUGGAGGGAAAUUUUGGGGUGGGUGAGGUGAUAGGAGAGGGAGGGCAAGUUCCAUUGUGCAGCCAGAAGUCCUUGUGCUAAUGGAACUACUUGGGGCUUGAAAGACUUAAGAUUUCCCAAAGGCCACCUAGUGAAUUUAUUGCAGCGCUCUUAGUUCAGCUUCAAGCCCUGGAAUGUUUUUUUUAAUCUGUUGAACUACUUGGUUAAGUUUCUUGUUUUUCAGGUGAGAGCUUUAUCUAGCUUUAUUUCAUCAGUGAUUAACCUAUUUGUUGCAUCAGCUCAGCAAGUAUUCAACCGUCUUGCAAAACCAGAUUUGCUGACAGAGCAAAGUGACAAGUCAUUUGCUACACUGUGUGCACAGAGAAUAUUUGCUAAUGGGUACAACCCUUACAGUGAAGUUCUCAGUUGGUUUCUAUCUUCAUAAAGGUCUAAGCUUUUUUGUGAGUUUACAAGGAUUGGCAGCUGAGCAGAGAAUAUGGACUGCAUACCAGAUUUCUACUAGAGUAGGCAGUCAUAGUGACUCAGUUUGAGGAUUUCUAUUACAGAUAUUAAUAUCCAGUGCACCAUACCAUACAGAUGAAAAAUGCUCUUAAAAGGAAACAAUGCAGAUCUAAUGCAAGUUCCAUCUGUCACAAAUUGGCAUUGAUUCUUACUAAAAUACACAUUUAGAUCUGGGGCUAGCAUUACUCCAGGAUGUUUGCUUUAAUAACGAAAACUGAUAGUUUACAUCAGUAUCCCAGCGUCUGGUGCCCCAUUUCCUCUCUCUCCCAAGUCUAAUGCUAAAUUGGAAUGCUUGGUCACCCCAUCUCAUUUGUCUUGUCCCUUUGACACUCAGCUUUCAUUCAUCAUUCCUUUUAUCAUGGAACUGUUUUGUAUUUUUAGUCUUGAAUGAGGCUGUUGUUCCUUUUAGUAACUGGGUAUAUUACUCAGUAUAGUAGGCAUAGGACAAACUUUUCUAAUAAUUGUUUUAAUCUGACGCCAAGAGACUUGGCAUAACACAAUAUUUUCCUUUGUAAUAUUUUUGGAUUGCACAGAAGUGUUGAAAUCUUUAAAAAAAAUAUGAAGUUGCUGUUGUCUACAAGUUGAAGGCAAGGGUGGGAAGAGACAUGAUCACUAAUAUUUGAUUUACUUACUUAAAAUGUUAUGUCUCACCUUUCCAUUGAAAAAAAGAUUUCCAAUGUGGUAUCAAAUCAGUAUAAAAGCAUAGUAACAUAACAAUGCAAUCAUGGCGCCAGCAACAAUAAAACAAUAGCUGCUGAAGAUUACAUAGUCAAUAACUGCAUAAUGGAAUAAUUGAAUAAUUGUAUUUAUAUAGCUUCAUGUAGGGGAUGUUAUCUUAUUCAAAGCUAAUAAAAUGAAUUUAGAACAUUAAAGCUCUCUAAUAUCCACAUAUAAAAAACUAGUGCCUUGGGUUUCAGUAAUUUCCUGGGCUAUAAUAUAUAUCCAUGGAUAUCAUUUCCUGUUAACGGCUUGUUUUCUGUUCGGUAAAGCAGUAAAAUUGAUUGGUAUGGAAAUGUACCCUGAAGUUUUAUUAUAGAGUCGGUUCCUUUUCCUUCCAGAGACUCCAUACUUGCUGUAGGAGGCCAGCUGUGCAAAACCCAUAGCAUACCCUUCUAUUAACCAUAUGGAUUGUUGCCUGAAAAAUGAGAACCAAUAGGGCAUGUUUGAAAUUUGCACAGAGGCAAAAGCCAAAGUUUGAAGCCCAAUAAGUGCCUGUUUUCUCUAACCCUCUUCUCUUGCUGCUAUAGUUCUCUCUCUGUCAUAUAUAUCUUUUAGCUAUUGAUGUUGUGUUCUCAUUUCAGUAAGGGAAAAUUCAGAAUAGAAUCCUAAUGAAUUCUCUUCUUGGGGAUAUUUUAAAAAAAUACUGCUGCUGAUUCGAUACAGCUACUGUAAAAUAUUUCCUGUACUCUUCCAACUAGUUAUGUUUGAGAUAAAGAACUCCUAGGUGAAAUCUACACACAUAAAAACCGCUGUGAAAAUGCUUUUUAAAUUUUUUUUUGAAAAAUACAUUGAAUUUUGCAUAGCUCGCUGUCGCCAUCUAAUGUCACAUUUGUAUAUUGCACUUUACAACACAUUUUAAAUGUUUUAUUUGCAGCCGUAUAACUGAGUCCCUAAAUUGAUUUGUUAACACGUUCCAAGGGUUGAAUUGGAGUACGAAGGUUAAAAGAAAGUCAGCAAACACUGCCAAGUUAGGGUCUCUUGCUUUGCCUUUUAUCCUUGGAUAUAGUAGUAUGUGUAGAAUAGAGUAAGUUGCUUUCUGCUGAGUCAAAUCAAUGGCCCAUCUAGCUUAGCCUGUUCUGUCUUGCCUGUUCUUUCUGGUAGCAGCUCUCUACGGUCUCUAGGACAGGUCUUCCCAAUCUUUUCCUACCUGAUCCUUUUUAAUGGAGUUGCUGAGUAAGGAACCUAGGACCUUCUGUGUGCAGAGCAGCAGCUACAUCUCUAAAUAAGUGAUCACACAGACAGUUUCAGAAUUCUUGUGGCAUAAGCAUUCAUUGGCCAGUAAGAUUUAUCUACUGUAUUAUCUUGAAGCUAAUAACAUUGAAUUUGGCCUACAAGCAUUCAUGACACAAUUAAUGAAUUCAUUUCUAAGAUGCCACAAGGCUCUGUGUUUCUGCUGCUGUAGACUCGCACGGUUACACUUUUGAAAAAGCAGAGCUCAUUUCUGGUGGAUAUAUCUGCAGUUUCCCAGAUGAACACAGUGAUAUGUGGAUGAACCAAGAUGUUCAGGUAGAUUGUGUGGCUGAAACAACCUAGUGUUCCUUCUCUGGUUUGAGACGCACUGUCAAGAUAAUGGUUGCUUAAGUAAGUUUGUGCAUUGUCACAACCCUGGGGAUAUGCGUGUUUAACUGUAAACAUGAGGUGUGUAGCUAUUAACCUGUUUUAGACAUAUCCUGUAGCCAUCUCUUUAACCUUUGGCCUUUAUACUGUUCCUGGUUGUUAGUAAUAAAUACAACUUUUGGCAAAUCUCUGGGAAUUAAAUUGACCCAUUUUAUUUUAUUUUUAUCUCUUCAGGUCUGGGGCUAGAUGAUUCUAAUCUCCCUGGUCAGAUGAGUUUCUCUGACUGGCCUGCAAUGAAGAACAUGUUUGCAGAUUUAUUUUCAAAGAAGACCCAAGCAGAAUGGUGUGAAAUCUUUGAUGACGUGGAUGCUUGUGUGACACCAGUCUUGGCUUUUGAUGCUGCUGCCUCACAUCCGCACAACAAAGAACGUGGUUCUUUUCUUAAAAAUGACCAGGAGGAGAUAAGUCCUCGACCGGCUCCAAUUCUUUCUCGGACCCCAGCUACUCCUUCUUCCAAAAGGGAUCCGUUUAUAGGAGAGCACACUGAAGAUAUCCUCCUGGACUAUGGCUUUUCCAGGGAAGAAAUUUCACAGCUCCAUUCUCUUAAAGUAAUUGAAUUCAAUAAGCCAAAAUCCAACUUAUAG